GUGUGGGUUUGGGUGUGUGUUUUUUUGUUGCCCUCCCUUCGUUGCUCAACAUGUCAAAUCGUUCAUCUAUCUCCACAGCCGUUUGGGUUCCUGCCAUCAGGUUUUACGAGGUCGUAUAUCUGUUUUUGUUGGAUCUUUUCCCCCACUGUCCCUUCUGUCUUUGUGCUGAUUAACGCCUUUAAUUUCACUGGAGAUAGCGCACUCGUCCGCUGCUUGCAGUGCCUGCAAGCAAACACGCAAAACACAUCAGCAAGUUCGACCCUCGUCCACGCGAGAAGUUUCCUUUUUCACAAUCAAACUGCAUGAGUAAUCGAAGUUAAUUCGAUUCCAGGAUAACGGUACGGCCAUCGAACGUAUAGUUAGUGGUAGUGUUUCCUGUUGUUUGUUUUGGGCUAAUAAGGAAGCUGUAUGUAGGCCAUUGGAAAUUACGCUAAAACCUUCCCAAACAAGAUGAGCCUCCAGUGAAACACCACGAGUCGCUAAGCAAGCAACGUCUGCUAAGGCCGCAAUAAUGAGUAUAUAGCGGCAACGAUUUUUCACAUCCCGCAUAAAUGGACUACACGUUCGACAUGGUCGAUAAAGAGUCCGCAACGUCAUCGUCCACUGCCUUCCUACUGCCGACGGACAGUGAAAUCCUCGAAGGGUUUCUAUGUCCGAUCUGCAAAAGUGAUCUUCGCACACCGGAACGUCUGACGGUGCACGUCGAACACGAACAUUCCGAGGAGCAGGAUCUGCUGAAAUCACUGAAGGAAAUAUUUAGCAUCGCCCGGCAGGGUAUACUGCUGAAGGGCAAGAAGAAACCGAUCCACACCGGUGAUGGUGGUGGUGAUUCGGCUGCGCCAAGGUUCGGGUCCGAAACGGGCGUUGCAUUUGGCAGUGCCGGCACGGCUAAUAAUCCGUUGCUGCAACCGAGCAAUCAAACGAUCGGUUGUAGCUGUGAGCAUAUGGCCUACUUCAAGGCGGUGCGUAGUCCACGGCUGGAACGGUAUGCGGCCGAGACGAACAAAUUGAUUAUCCGGCUGGAUAAGCUGCUGGACAGGCUACCGACCGAGCCGGACCAGAAGAAGCGGCAUGAGCAGAGCAAGGUACCGUGGAUCGAUGGCAAGCUGGUGAAGCUUUGCCCAACCUGUGCGAAGAGUUUCGGCAUAACGCGCCGUCAGCAUCACUGUCGCGUGUGUGGCUCGGUAAUGUGCGAUGGCUGUUCGCGCUAUCUGACCCUGGAGGAAGCGGGUAGGUUGGUGAACCCGAACACCAUCAGCCCGGCGUCCGGUGGUGCAUUGCCGGAACCCACCCAGCCGGGUGCACCGGUGAACGAGUCGAGCCACUUUCGGGUGUGCGAACACUGCAUGCGGCUACUGCUGAUCCGGAUGGAGACGCAGGACUGGAAGCGGGAACGUCCGCUGGUUAGACAGUUUUAUGAAAGACUCCGCAAGGAGCGUACCGACAUCGAGCCCCACAUUGGGAUGUACCGGCGAAUACUGGACAGUUUGUACGAGGGUGACGUCAUCUACCGGCUUUCGGAUGCAUCCACGCUCCGCGAAAAGAUUGGCCGUUCGGCCGAAAAGUUAGACAACGUCAGCAAGAGCCUGCAGACGCUACGUUCCGCCGUCGGUAGCCGCGAGGAUGCGCUCAAGAAGGCUAUCCGGCUCGGGUGCAUCUCGUACAUUAAGGAGCGGAUGCUGUCUAUCCCACCCCUGCCGGUAGAGGACGAGAUUAAGAAGAUACAGCAUCGCAAACGGCAAGAAACAGAACGGCGCCUCGAACGUGAACGUCAGCUAGCGCUGGAAGCGUUCGAGCGUCUGGAACUACAGUCGGGCGGAGGUGGUGACAUGGGUGCCGAUCGUCAGAAUGGAAGUUCCUCCAGCUCGAGUACCGCAUCGACGGCGGAAAUGACCAACGGUCGGUACGGUGCGGCCAUCUCUACGAUGGACAAUUGGACUGGUAUCCAAACCGGUCCAUCCAACACCACGUCCGAUCCGCUGAUCGAUCAGAUCAACAUCGUGAAGGGCUACAUUCGGCAGGCUAGAGCAGCACUCCGUUUCGAGGAGGUGGCCACACUCGAGCGCAAUUUAAGCGAGCUAACCCAAGAGUUCUAUUACCGGCAACGGUUGGACUCGGAUACCAAACAGCCGGAAGUCCAAUGAGAGAGAAUCCAUCGAAGAAAAGUAGGCAAAUAACGCCACCGUAAAGUGUACUCGUGCUGGAUUAUUUAUUCCACUAAAUAAAACAAUACAUUAUGAAUAUUUGAAAUGAAAAAUCUUAGCAAGUCUUCCCUACUUACCAGGAACUUCUCUAAAGAAUAGAAACCAAGUCAUCAAAACUCCACCGAAACUCCACCCAUUUCUACCGUUAUUGAACAAAAGUUUCAGUUUUAUUCGCG